UUCGGGGGUGUGCGAGUGUCGAAGGCAAAAAUUGAAUUGAAUAUUUCACUGCGUUUUCUCUGGCAAUCCCGUUGCAAAACUAGGAAACAUUUCCGGAUCGUUGCUGUAGUUUGCCACCGAUAGUGAAUAUUUCGCUCAAAAGAAAUAGUUCGGCAAUGGAACAACACUGUUAGCGACAGCAGUGAAAAAGAGGUGCACAUCGAAAAGGGUGAGCCUCACCGUUUUGGUCGGUGUUGCAGUGGGCCUUCGCCACCAAUACAGACAUCAUCCAGUGAAUGCCUAAAGUCUUCUGUUUGUCAAAUUGUGCAAAAAUCAGGAAACAGUACUGUUGGUCUGUCGUUCUUGGGGUGCAUGUAAGCUAGGCUCAAGUGUCAGGAUUUUCCGUGUAGGCAACGAACGGGCCUUUAGGAAGAGAACAUCAUGUCGAGUGGUCAAAGUUCAAUCGGCAAUCGGAUCAACAUGAUAGAGGCCCAACUACAGGUACAGCAGCCACAACCACAACCAAGGACACCACCAACGCCUCCAACUCUAAACUUCGACCGGGCUCAACGAGGCGGAAGCGGAGGAAUCGGUUCCAAUCGCGGACGGGUGAACCUGGAUCUGUCUCUGCCGAUCUCGUCAAAUAACCGCAAAAGUGAUUCCGAGCAAAAGUUUCAAAAGAUAAUCGAUAAAAGUGGCAUGCUGAAGAUUAAUGAUCAAAUUUACAAAUCGACCCUUAAUGAUAUGCAAGACCUAGGUGAGCUGGGCAGUGGAACCAGCGGGCAUGUGGUUAAGAUGCGACACAAACCAAGUGGAGCAAUAAUCGCUGUUAAGCAAAUGCGUCGCACCGGAAACGACGAGGAAAAUAAACGAAUAAUCAUGGAUCUAGACGUUGUGCUGAAAUCUGAAAAGUGCCUCUACAUUGUCAAAUGCCUUGGUUGCUUCAUAACGGAUUCGGACGUUUGGAUCUGCAUGGAAUUAAUGACUACAUGCUUCGAUAAGCUGCAGAAGAAAUACAAAAAACCAAUCCCGGAACAGAUUCUAGGUAAAGUUACUGUGGCAACGGUUAACGCACUUGCAUACUUGAAAGAAACACAUCGUGUGAUCCAUCGGGAUGUGAAACCAUCAAACAUACUGAUCGAUGAACAAGGCAACAUCAAGCUCUGUGAUUUCGGCAUAAGCGGCCGACUAGUUGAUUCGAAUGCAAAAACCAGAUCAGCUGGGUGUGCGGCAUAUAUGGCGCCGGAACGAAUAGAUCCUGCAAAAUCUGUGUAUGACAUUCGAGCCGACGUUUGGUCACUAGGCAUCACACUGGUCGAGUUGGCCACUGCCGUAUUUCCAUACCCUAACUGCAAAACAGAUUUUGAAGUUCUCACCAAAGUGCUUACAUCCCAACCUCCCCGUUUGCCUGAGGAUCAACCCUUCAGUUCAGAAUUUCGGGACUUUAUUCAGUGCUGCCUACAGAAGGACUAUUUGGCGCGACCAAAGUAUCCAGAUCUGUUGAAACAUCCCUUUCUACGGCGAGCAGAGCAAGACACCGUCACCGAUAUGGCACACUGGUUCCGUAAUGUUGCUAUAAGUUGCGAUAUUCAGCUAACAGUGCCGCAACUGGUUACCUCCGGGAGUGUUUCAGCUACACCUGGUAGCAGUUUUUGCACUGGCUAUACCUCUGGAAACUCGCCGCCUUUCGUCAGCAAUCAGAGACCUUCUUCAUCGGCGUCGGAUCAAAAUAGAGUACCGACACCCUUCGAAAGUCUGACGGAAGCAGUUCAGGCGCAGUCUAGCCCGCAAAAGCAAACCGUAAUUGCGUCGUCAAUUCCGGUCAAGUCAAACAAUACGCUAAACCAUACCAACAGCAGCCGCAGUCAGCCGUACGAACCGCAAAAAAUCAACAUCGACUCACAGCAGACACUUCAAGCGAAACUGAACAGUAUCAGCUUGACGGCGGCAUCAACUACCUCGUCUUCCACAGUACCCUAUGAUUCCUUACGCUCACCCUCACCCGCACAUCACCUGCAAGCGCAGCAACUAGCACAAAUGCAAACACCUCAGGCUCACUAUCUUAAAUUACAACCCAAAAGUGCGAUAGUUAGUAAUAGUAGUAACUUCAGCAACGUUGCUCCCGAGGGAAUUCGAAAGUACAAACAGUCGCCAUUUUUCCCCCGGAGAAGCAAUGAUUCGGGCCCCGAACUGUUAGUGUAUGGCAGUCCGAAAAAGGAAUCGACGUUGAGCAGCCUAGGACAGAGCCUAUUGAAAAACUUCACCACCUCACCUUUCUCGCAUCGCAAAUCAGAACAAAAGUCCUAUAAACCACCACUACCUGGCGAGGAUGGAGGUGGCGGAUCUUCGAUGUUAAAUGGCAAUCGGCCCGAUUUCAGCAACCCAGCGUCACCUCUUCUACUCAAUCGAAAGAUGAUCGACCUUAACGACGAGCAGCAGUAUAGGCACCUGCAAGGAAACACUAGUCCCAUAGUUCUUCAACGAUUCUACCACCAGCAGAAUCAGUUGAGAGAAAAUAAGCAACAGCAACAACAACAGGAACAACAGUCAACCAAUCCCUUCUACCAACAUGCACAAGCUAGUGGCAUACCAAUUAAAUGCAGUCCACUACCGUCUCAUAAAACAGUACAUCACCCGAUAAAUCCGGCACUGCACGGCGAAGGUUACAUGGGUUAUCCGCACGUGGUGCCACCGGACGCGAGCAAUAUCCCGACUUACCAAUAUCAACAGCUUAACACAAGCAGUCCAAAACAUAAAAUAGGUAAUUUCUUCAAUACAUUCAGUCGAACCAAAAGCCAGCAUGCAAGUGGACCUAGUCAACGGGAAAUCCGUGCGGAUACCGACAGCGGUUACCCAGACGCCGGACUAUACCAAAAUCACCAACUUUACGGACGUCAAACGUUACCGGAGUACGGAAGCACAGGGUUAGCCAUGCAAAGUGGCAUAAACCAUGGUGAAACUUAUAAGGAAGACUCAGGAUGGUUCAACUCAAUUACAGAUCUUGCCAAGAGACGAUUCGCUUCGUUUGUGAAGUUAAAUUUGGCCUCGUCCGGCGAAAAGCGACCGAAGGGGAAACACCUGCAGAAUACUUUGCUUCAGCAACAGCAGCAGCAGCAGCAUCCAUUCGUUGCUAGUAACGGAGCAACGGUGGCGCCUAUGAACAAUUUCGGGGCGAGUUCUUCCAAUCCGUUUGCUGCUAGUUCGGCGAGUGGUAUUCCAUCUGCCAUACCUCCAACGGUAGCUGUACAUAUGCUGAGCAGUGAUCGGCGGCACAGAAGCCCGGAUCCUCCACCAAGAUUCAACCGAGGUCAAUCUCCGCUGUUACUGCAUCGGAAGUUGGAAAAGCUUGGCCAAACAGGAUCACCGGUACUUAAUCAUCGGUUUACUUCUACUUCGCCGUCUCCCCCGCUGCCACCGCGACGAGGCUCGGAAAGUGUUCCUGGAUCACCACAGCACGUUAGAACCCGGAUGCACUACACUCCGGAGCCGCACCGUCGACCCUACCGUACUAUAGACCAAUGAGUGGGACUACAAAUUCUGGUCAUGUGAUCAAGGUACAGAUUUUUGGAUUGAACCAUUUCUCGUCACCGACGUUCUCUAUCGUCUUAUGUGCAGCUUUCGCCGACGUGCUAUAGUUAUCGACGUGAUUUUGGU